AUGUUAAAAUAUUAUUUUAUUACUACAUUUAUUACUUCUACUGCUAUUGGAUUUGUUAUUGCAUACUAUCAACCUUACUAUCAAUGGAAUGAAGAAAUAAAAGCUUUAUAUCUACCAUGUGCUCUAAUUGCUAUUUUAUUAAACAUUUUAGCAGCAUAUGAAUAUAAAAAAUAUAGAAAAAAACAAUGGUCAAUAAAAAUGAAAAAAGAGUUAAACUUAUUAUUUUAUAGUGUUAUUAAUUUAAUUGCUUUCUUAAUUUUCUUUGUCUAUUUUUUAUUUAGAUCAUUACAUAUAAUUUUUAAUAUUCCUACACUUCAAAAUUUUGCUAUAAUGACUAUUCCAUGGAUUAAUGAUAUACGAACAUUUGGGCUUUUUUAUACAUCACUUAUCAUUUGUAAACCUUUAAGAAAUUUAGUUCUUUUAAAAAAAACUAAUACUGUUCAUUAUAAUACUAGAAAAAGUUUUACAUCAAGGACGAAUAUUUUAUUUAAAGUUUCCAAGAAAUAA